AUGGCCACCACCGGACGCCCCCGUGCCAUGUCCGGCACCAUCCCCUCCAUGGAGUCCGCCGGCGAGGCCCUCAAGGACAACACCGUCAUCGUCGUCCUCGGUGCCUCCGGCGACCUUGCAAAGAAGAAGACUUACCCCGCCCUCUUCGGCCUCUAUCGCAUGGGCUACCUCCCGCGCGAUGUCAAAAUCGUCGGCUAUGCCCGCACCAAGAUGGACACCGCCGAGUACCACAAGCGCAUCACCUCCUACCUCAAGGUCGCCGACGAUGACGAAGAGGGCCAGGCCAAGAUCGCCGAGUUCAAGACCUUUUCGUCCUACGUCUCGGGCGGCUACGAGGACGGCCCCUCGUUCGAGAACCUGAACAAGACGAUUGAGAGCAUCGAGGCCAACUACCAGGGCCCCGAGAAGAACCGUCUCUUCUACUUUGCGCUUCCCCCUAGCGUCUUCAUCCCUGUUGCGCAGCACCUCCGCGAACAGUGCUACUCUACCAGCGGCAAGAACAGGAUCAUUGUGGAGAAGCCGUUCGGCAAGGAUCUCGAAUCGUGCCGCGUUCUCCUCAAGUCGCUUAAGCAACACUGGACGGAGGACGAGACGUUCCGCAUCGAUCACUAUCUCGGAAAGGAGAUGGUCAAGAACAUCCUCGUCCUCCGCUUUGCCAAUGUCGCCAUGGGCGCCGGUUGGGACAAGAACUCGAUCAGCAAUGUGCAGAUCACGUUCAAGGAGCCGUUUGGCACUGAAGGACGUGGCGGGUACUUCGACGAGUUCGGGAUCAUUCGUGACAUCCUCCAGAACCACUUGCUGCAGGUCCUGUCCGUACUCACGAUGGAGCGCCCUGUGUCCUUCUCCGCGGAGGACAUCCGUGACGAAAAGGUCAAGGUGCUCCGUGCGAUCCCUCCUAUCGAGCGCAGCGACACGCUCCUGGGUCAGUACGUCUCGGCAAAUGGAAAGCCCGGUUACCUCGACGACGAUACCGUCCCGCCGAACUCGGUCUGCCCCACGUACGCUGCGACCACGCUCUGGAUUCACAACCCCCGGUGGGAAGGUGUCCCCUUCAUUCUCAAGGCUGGCAAAGCCCUCAACGAAGCGAAGGUGGAGGUCCGCAUCCAGUUCAAGGACGUCACCCAGGGCAUCUUCAAGGACAUCUCGCGCAACGAGCUGGUGAUCCGCAUCCAGCCGUCGGAGGCCGUGUACCUCAAGCUCAACACGAAGAUCCCUGGUCUGAAGACGCGUGCGAUCCCGACCGAGAUGGACCUGACAUACAAGCGCCGAUUCACGGACGCGAAGAUCCCUGAGGCGUACGAGGCUCUUAUCCUCGACGCGCUCCGUGGUGACCACUCGAACUUUGUCCGUGACGACGAGCUGGACGUUGCGUGGAAGAUCUUCACCCCUAUCCUGCACUGGAUAGAGGGCAAGAGCGGCCCUGCGCCGAAGCCGGUCCCGUACCCGUACGGCUCGCGCGGUCCGAAAGAGCUGGAUCCCUUCAUCGGAAAGUACGGCUUCAGGCGGACUGUGCAAGACUACACCUGGCCAACGUCGAACAUCUCCGUUUUGUGA